AUGUGCGGGACCGUAUCUUGCCACAAGGAUCCGGGACAUCCGCAGUGCUAUUGCGAUCCCGGCUACACGGGUCCUGUUGGAUCGAAGAAUUGCACGAUAUGCCCGGCUGGCUCUUUCAAACCCUCCAGUGGACCGCAAGCCUGCAGUGUUUGCACUAACAAACCUGCAAACGCUGUCUAUCUCCAAGAAAGUUUGCCAGUCUCCAGCAACUGUGAAUGGACUUGUGCAGCCGGGUACUAUCACGACAUGGGGUCCUGCCUCCCUUGCGAAGCUGGGACGUUCUCUGUGCAAGGCUCCUCGUCAUGUACAGUCUGUCCGGAUGGAUCCUACUCAACUCCUCAUUCAAGUUCAUGUUCUCCCUGCCCUCAAGGGACUUUCUCUCUCUCUGGGUUCGGGACAUGCUUUAUUGCGAUUCCGGUAGAGAAAGUGAUCUACAUAGAGAAACCUGUCUAUAUCGAGAAAAUUGUAGAGAUACCAAAGGAGAUUCAAAUUCAGCAAACAUACCAGUAUAACGUCAAUGUGCAAACUCAGCCAGCGAACCAAACAAAUACUACUGUAAAUAUCAACGGGGAGGACUGCCAGGCGGAGAUACGGUACAUGGACGGGAAGGAGUACGUGACGUGCAAGGAGAUCAUGUGCCAAGCUCCACAGACCAACGUCACGCUCAAUAUCAACGGGGAGGACUGCCAGGGAGAGAUACGGUACAUGGACGGGAAGGAGUACGUGACGUGCAAGGAGAUCAUGUGCCAAGCUCCACAGAACCAAUCCAAUGUUACGGUCAAUAUCAACGGGGAGGACUGCCAGGCGGAGAUUAUUUUCAAUCAUGGGCGACUGUUUGUAACCUGCAAGCCCCAUUUGAAUUCGUUUCUUGCUGUCAAUUUGUUCGGGAUAGCCGAUGCUCUUUGCAGAUAUUUUCAAUCAUUUCCAGAUUUUGACACUUCAGACAUUUCAUACAAGACGCUCUGUUCCAACCUUUCUUACUACGUGUCUCUUGACAAAAUGGUCUUCCCAAAGUUCAUGUCUGACUUCACGGUCUUGCCUCAGAUGGCCUUCCUGAAUCGAACAGUCGAGAUACCAAAAGUCAUCUACAUCAACAGAACGCAUCUGGUGGAGAAAUUGAUCUACUACGUGAAUCAGAGUCAGGACUCGACCAGCUCGCAGCUUUCCCCGUCGUCGUCCGGCGUGACUCCUAACAUCCAAGUCCAGAUGCAGGUCACGCUUCCAAUCGCCUUGCAGUCCUUCGACAACGCCAAACGCGUCCAAUUCCGAACUUCCGUGGCUGCGACAGCAGCGGUGGACCCAUCGACGGUGAUUAUCAACAAGGUACAGGCAGCGAGACGUAGCUCGAGCAACGUUCAGGUCGGCUUCAGCAUCGUCACUGCUACUCAGACGGACGCGAGGGCAGUGGCGGGGAACCUGAACCUCAAGAACCUCAACGAGCAGUUCAGACGACAUGGCUUACCGGAGGCGUCGGCGACUACAAACCCUCAGAUCACCUCCUUCUCGGCCAGCACUAGCUCGGGAGUCCCUCUGUCGUACACGGCAAUGAUCGCAGCCUGCGCACUAGGAGGCGUACUCCUCGCCGUCAUCGUCUUCUACUGCUUGAGCUACAGCGGUGUUCGACGACGGCGGGAGAAGGUCGCUCCCCGGCUCUCAGUGGUCCAGUACUUCAACUCCGACGUCAGCCGGCAGCGACGGAACAGCAUCAACGAACGCGACUUCGCUCUCGCCUUCUCUCUCGCUCGUCGCGACCGAUCGAGGUCAGGAGUCGGCGAAGUACAGCCCAACAUCGCCAGGAAGCGCUCUGGAUCCGCUACCGCCAUCGAGAUCGGCAACGACUUCGUUCGUGUUUGGAACCCGGAGCACCCAAGGAGGAACUCGGCCUCGACGGCACAACACCCGAAUGCAGCUAACAUCACAGUGGAGGAUUUGGAAUAG